AUGAGUUCAAUAUUCCUGCAAAUUCCUUUGUGUCAAGUCAAAUCGUCGGUACUAACCCAAAUCAUCGAAGUUCGUGUGUUAGAUCUGGUCAAGCCGUUCACCCCGUUCUUACCGGAGGUGAUCGCGCCAGAGCGCAAAGUUCCGUUCAACCACAAAUUGAUGUGGACAGGUGUUACUCUGCUCAUUUUCUUGGUGAUGUCCGAGAUUCCACUCUAUGGUAUUACGUCGUCAGACUCGUCGGACCCAUUGUAUUGGCUGCGUAUGAUGCUGGCCUCUAAUCGUGGUACUCUCAUGGAAUUGGGAAUUUCGCCCAUUGUGACCUCGGGAAUGGUGUUCCAGCUUUUACACGGUACCCAACUUCUGGAGGUCAACAUGGAACUGAAGUCUGAUCGCGAGCAGUUUCAAACCGCCCAGAAGAUCUUUGCCAUUCUUUUGUCGGUUGGCCAAGCCACCGUCUACGUCCUGACCGGUAUGUAUGGUCCCCCAAGCGAGCUCGGUACUGGAGUUUGUCUUUUGUUGGUUUUGCAACUGGUUUUCGCGGGUAUCGUGGUGAUUUUGCUCGACGAGCUGUUGCAGAAGGGCUAUGGUCUUGGAUCAGGUAUCAGUCUGUUCAUGGCCACCAACAUCUGUGAGUCCAUCUUCUGGAAGACCUUUUCGCCUACCACCAUCAACCGUGGUAGAGGCAAUGAGUUUGAGGGUGCAAUCGUUGCAUUCUUCCACCUGUUGUCCACCAAAAGAGACAAGAAGAGAGCUCUGUUGGAGGCUUUCUACCGUGACAACUCUCCAAACAUGUUCCAGCUUUUGGCCACUCUGUUCGUGUUCUUCGCUGUCGUCUACUUGCAAGGAUUCCGCUACGAGAUUCCAGUCAAGUCAACCAGACAGAGAGGACCUUACGGACUGUACCCAAUUCGUCUGUUCUAUACCUCGAACAUGCCUAUCAUGUUGCAGAGUGCUUUGACCUCCAAUAUCUUCAUCAUCUCCCAGAUGCUGUUUACAAGAUUCCCAACCAAUCCAGCUGUCAAGUUGCUGGGUACUUGGGAGGCCAGAGCUGGUUCUGCUCAACUUUAUGCCGCAGGUGGUAUCUCUUACUACAUGCAGCCACCACUUUCGGUGACCGAAGCUUUGUUGGACCCAAUAAAGACGGUCGUGUACGUCGCUUUUGUGCUUACCACAUGUGCUGUCUUUUCUAAAACAUGGAUUGAGAUUUCUGGCUCAUCUCCAAGAGAUGUUACCAAGCAGUUCAAGGACCAGGGUUUGAUCAUCGCUGGACACAGAGAUCAGCACGUGUACAAGGAACUCAAGAAGAUCAUCCCAACAGCUGCUGCUUUUGGUGGAGCCACCAUCGGCGCCUUGAGUGUUAUCAGUGACCUUCUGGGAACUUUGGGCUCGGGCACUUCUAUUCUGCUGGCAGUUACCACAAUCUAUGGAUACUACGAGAUGGCCGCUAAAGAGGGUGGAUUCGGCAAGGCUGCUGUUGGUGGAUUCACUGACAUUAUGUGA